CUCCUGCUGGAGCCUUUGCUUUGGGUACACUGACCCCAUGCCCUCUCUGACUCUUCCCCAGGAGGUGCCUCAGUGCAGAAUGCCAUGCUGUUGGAGCCAGACAAAGACAAUGGUUGGAGGAUUCCCUUUAACAACCAUGAGGGAGGCUGUGGGGCUGCUAUGCGAGCCAUGUGCAUCGGUCUCAGGUUCCCUUACCCCUGCCAGCUGGACACACUGAUCCAGGUGAGCAUCGAGAGUGGCCGAAUGACCCACCACCACCCCACCGGCUACCUGGGAGCCCUUGUGUCUGCUCUUUUUACAGCCUAUGCUGUGAAUGGCAAGCCUCCCUGGCAAUGGGGAAAAGGACUGAUGGAGGUGCUACCAGAAGCUAAAAAGUACAUUGUCCAAGCAGGCUACUUUGUGGAGGAGAAUCUUGAGCACUGGUCCUACUUCCAAGACCAAUGGGAAAGGUACCUAAAACUUAGAGGGAUUUUGGAUGGCAAAUCAGCCCCUACCUUCCCCAAGCCCUACGACGUGAAGGAGAGGGAUCAGUUCUACACCUCUGUGAGCUACUCUGGCUGGGGCGGCAGCAGUGGACACGAUGCCCCCAUGAUUGCCUAUGAUGCCAUCCUGGCUGCAGGAGACUCCUGGAAGGAGCUUGCCCACCGAGCCUUUUUCCACGGUGGAGACAGUGAUUCCACAGCUGCCAUUGCUGGCUGCUGGUGGGGAGUUAUGCAUGGUUUUAAAGGAGUGAGUCCCUCCAACUAUGAGAAACUAGAAUACAGAAACCGGCUGGAGGAAGUAGCUAGAGCUUUAUAUUCUCUUGGGUCAAAGGAAGAUACUGUAAUUGCCCUUUAGGGAGAGAGGAUGUUCAUUUCUGGUGGUUUCUUCUCUUGUGUAGUCCCCUUUCUGCUCAGUUUCUUUUCACUUUUUCCAAAGUCAAGAGUCUUAACCUUGUACGUAUUCAGGGAAUUUUGAGGUAACAAGUCCCUGGGGCCCCUGAAACUCAGUCUUCCCAGGCUCAUUCUGUUCGCCCUGAAUCUAUCUGUCUUCCUCGCCUGAAGGGUCUUUAACUCGGGUGAUGCGGUCAGCAUCUCCCAAGCUAGAAAUCUCAUAGCCUCCUAUUUGCAUCUUCAUUUUUAUCAGCUAAUCUUUCAUUCAGUUUUUUUCUGUUGUUUCAGGUUGGGUUACCCCAAAAGUGGACUCUGAGACAAGGAUUUGAGUACAGAUAGUUUGAGAGGUGAUACCAGGGACACUGGUAGGACCAUGGGGAUGUGAGACAGGGAAGGGAGGGGAGACAGUACAAGGUGCAGUAAUGAGCAGGUUACCACUAUCAGCAGCUGGGACUCGGUCCAUGUGGGUCCUUUGUGUAAGGCAUUCCUCAUGGUGGUCCCUCCUGAGAGACAAGCAAACCUGGAGUAUUUAUCCUCCGACUUCCAUCUGACAUUGGUGUCCUCACUCUUAAGCCCCUGGUGCUUCUCAGCCUCCUCUUGUGCAAGGGAAACAUUAAUGCCCUCAAGUAAAGACUCCGAUGCUUGCAGUGGUUAGCUGUAAGGUGCAUGGGGACAGCCAGCAGUGUACACAGAUGAUUCUGUCUCCUAAAUAUCCUUCAAAUCUGUCACCUCUUUUACCUUUUUGCAGCAAGUAUUUUUUCACUUGGAUUUCUCACGUCUGCGGAGACGCUGAUCCUGGGCAUGGCACUUAACAUGUUAAUAGUUUGUUGUUGCUUAUUUACUUGUCUUUAUUCUCCUCUGUACAGAACCUAGCACACAGAAAAUGUGUAAUCAGUCUACAUUACGUGAAUGUGGUUUGUUAGCCUCCUAUCUCCAAUCUUGCCAUCUUCGUUGCCCUCCGGAGUUUUCUUUACAAAUAACAAAUUGGUCAUGCUGCACUGCUAAUGAUGUCCAAUGAAUACAUCGCCCCUCUCUUCA